AAAACUCUCUAUCUCUCUCUUCUCUUGUUCCUCUUUACACAUUUCUUGCCCCGUUACAAUCCUCCUCUCCUCUAUCGUAUAUAGACUAUCUCUGCCCUUUUAUUCCUUUUAUUCUAUUUUUUUUUCUUCUUCUUUUCCCAUCAUUCAGCAUAGUUUCAGUGAUCAUAGUUCUUAUUGGACUUAAAAAUGCAUUACUCUCGGCUCUGCCUACUAUCGUUCGUCGUCGCUUUGGCUACACAGGCCUCGAACAAAAAGGCUACUGCGGAUGCUGCGCCUGACAGCAAUGUAGAGCGACCAAUUCCUGCAAUAUUUAUGCAAUAUGCAUAUUCUGAGAAUCAAAAACUCUUUGUCAGUGCUGGAGAUGCUAGAGGAAGAGGUGGUAGCGGUGAUGAUGGUCGUGGACCCGUCUCUAUCAAUCCAAGUGCAGCACCAGCAGCUCCAGGAACAGUUGUAGAUGACCAAUUCUUGUCUCUAGAUCUCUCUGUCCCCUGGACCUCAGAUACUGCUCCAUGGAAGAGAUUAGAAAAGCGAUUGUUACCACCAGGCAUGAUCACUGUUGGAGCGAGGACCAAUCUUGUGGUGACGCCUGACAAUGCCUCGGUUUUGUUUCUAGAUAUCGCACCUGGCCGGUAUGACAUCAAGACAGACAAAUGGUCGUUGAUUAAGCCGGAUUCAGUAUUCUCUUGGGAUGGAGUAUUCACACGAAGUGCAACGUUGGAUACAGAUGCAGGGGUGGUCUAUGGGAUUGGUGUGCCUAUUCUGCCUGAGAAUGUGACGGAUAUAACCAAAGUUCCUAAGCCAACGUCAUGGUAUUUUGCAGAGCUGGAAUUGAAAACCAUGACGUUCAAGUACAAAGAGCAGGAGGGUCGUCCAUCAUUUGAUCAUUAUGUAUCGACUGUGUAUAGUAGUGCCAAGAAGGCACUUUUUAUGUAUGAAUGGAAUACACCAGCAGGGGAGACACCCCUCUUGACAUAUGAUACUGUCAAGCAGACUUGGAGUGAAGUGAAAACAACUGGAGAUGUUCCUUCCAACCGUGACUCAACAUGCCUUGUCUCAGCCUAUGGGGGUAAAAAACUAAUUCUUGUUGGUGGAGAUGCCACCGGUAAUAGCAGUAAUACUUUAUCAGUUCUGAAGGACGUCUACAUGUUGGAUACGACGACAUUGAUCUGGAAGAGGCUGCCAGAUGCUUCUCGAGCCUAUGCUGGUGCUGUGUGUGCAGUUUCUGGAGACUUUUUGAUUAUUCAUGGAGGAUAUAACGAAAAUGGAUCAAACAACGAGGAUGGCCCAGCAGUGUUUAAUAUGGUCACGAAUUAUUGGGGAAGCCAAUACACGCCUAAUACUUCAACGGAGCCAAAGGACUUUGGAUCCGGUUCUGAUCCAUCCGGUGCAGGACAUACACGUCAAUGGAUGAACUUAAGUGGCUCGGCUAUUUUAGUGAUGAUCGCGUCUAGUCUUCUUUGGUAAAGGAAAGAGAAAAAAUAAUGUGGCAUUAUAGACUAAAAAUGUAAAAAAUCUCAGUCAAUUGCCUCUGAAACACAUGUCCUCCAAUAAUAAAAAGUGUGC